UGUAAAUUACUUGAGGAACGUCCUGUAAAGUAACAUCAUUGUGAGUGAAGUGUCAGUUGUAUCAAAAAGAAAAAUGCUUCUUCAAGUGGUGAAUAGGAUGAGACCACUGCAACAGCGUCGGUUGAUGGGAUAUUUCCUACCUAAUAGGGACCAGUAUUGGCUUAAGAGAAUCGGUACUAGAGAAAUGGUGGGGUAUGGAAUGAAUGGGACGCCUAUGUAUAUAGAUACGGUGAAUUUUCCUUUUUCUGCUAUCAGGUACAAAGAAACAACACCUGAAAUACAGGCCCUGUAUGAAAAGCAGAAAGGCAACUGGAAAUUACUAACCAAGGAGGAAAAGAAAGCGCUGUAUAGAGCGAAUUUUUGUCAGACUUAUUCAGAAAUGUUAGCACCUACUGGAGAGUGGAUGGGAGUGAUGGGUGCAGGCUUGAUCUUAUCUUGCAUCGGCGUCUGGAUCUUUAUCUUAUUCCACUUGUUUGUGAUAAAAAGGCAAAAGCCGGACUCUUUUAAGCCCGCUCACAAGAGAGCUCAGUUGCGUCGCAUAAUCGAUAUGCAGGCUGAUCCUAUUUUAGGAAUGUGUGCCGAUUGGGAUUACGACAAGAUGGAGUGGAGGGUCAAGAGAUGGUGGUACCCACCGAAUCCAUUUGUUAAAUGCCUGGAUGAUCAAGAAUAAGCAGCGUUUUGACAUAAUUGUGUGAAUGGUUCUGUUUUAGAUGUGUUGAAUCUGUAAUACGGAUUAAAUAAAAUAAGUGAC